GUUCUUCUUCUUCUUCUUCUACUUCAUUUAGCUUUUCUUUUUAUUUUUUCUUAGUUCACUUUGAAGAUAUUAGUAUUAGUGUACGAUUCAUUAAGAUUAACAACAAGAGAGAGUGUGGGAGAAAUGAGGCCCAAAAUUUAUCUGUUCGGCGACUCAAUCACUGAGAUGUCCUUCGGCGACGGCGGAUGGGGUGCUUCUCUCGUAAAUCACUUUGCUCGCCAGGCGGAUGUGGUGUUGAGAGGCUAUGACGGUUACAACACCAGAUGGGCUCUCAAGGUCAUCCACAAAGUCUUUCCGGCGGGCGGCGACGCUCCGCUCGCCGUCACGGUGUUCUUCGGGGCCAAUGACGCAGCGCUACCGGACAGAUACGGCGGGUUUCUACACGUGCCGCUUGAUGAGUACAAGCAGAAUCUUCUCGCCAUUGUUGCCUUUUUCAAGAAGCAAUGGCCGUCCACGCGCAUCAUCCUCAUCACGACUCCUCCAAUCGAUGAAGAUGCACGUCUCCUAAAUCCUUUUGCCAACAACCCUUCCGGGCUGCCGGAGAGGACAAAUGAGGUUGCUGGUCGAUAUGCCAAACAGUGCCUCGACGUAGCAGCUGAAUGUGGGCUUCCAGCUAUCCCUCUCUGGCAAAAAAUGCAGCAACUUCCUGACUGGAAAAAGGCUCUUUUGAGUGAUGGCCUGCAUCUCACUCAGCAAGGCAAUAAGUUUGUAUUUGAGGAAGUGAUUAAUCUACUUGCUGAAGAACAAGUAAGUCUCCAGACGCUGCCAGCAGAUUUCCCGCUCAUAUCUGAGAUCGACCCUAAUGAUCCACUCAAGUCGUUCACGAACUAAACGGAGGAGGACGACCUUUUGCUCAAGCUUUAAUUUCUGCUCACAAUAUGUGGGAAAUGCAGUAGAUCGAUUGGAAUAAUAUAGCUCUAUAUAUACCAAACUAAACCAAGACCAAGACCCUGGAUAUAAAAGCUAGCUUAUUAUAUGUGUUGUUCUUGUCUUCUUCCUUUUGUAGACUUUAAUCUAUCGAUAUUAUAAGUUGCUACAUAA